AGAGGCAGCUUGUCCCCACGCCUCUGGCACUCUCGGUCCUGACAGCACGGCUGUUGGAGAGGGUUUGGCUCACUGCUUAGCGAGCUGCGUGUUUUGUUCCUUGUGCUGCAAGGAAAUGGAGCAACAAGGGCAUGGCGAGCGGGGCAACUGGCAAACUAAGGUUUGGAAGACAGUUGCCCUGGUGCUGGUCACAGUGGCUGUGGCGUCCUUCGGCGUUUAUUGCGUCGGAGGUCUUGUGGAAGGUUUAAAGACAACAGCAGGAGUGACUGCAAGGCUGGUGCGUGGUGAUGGGGAAAUGCUGAGCCUUGACGAAGAGCUUGCUAAGGUCCAGCGGCAGCUUCAUGUCCUGCAAUGGAGAGCGAGGGACAUCACUGAGCGUGCUCUCCACGAAGCCCUGAGAAGAACUGAGCUCCCAGGCUUUACAGGCGAGGCUGUUCAAAAGAUCAUUCACCAGGUACUGGAGAAGCUGGAAGAAAGCCCAUUCCAGAUGACGAAUUAUGCCAGCAAAACUUCAGGCGCCACUAUCAUUCGUUCCAAGACUUCUCCCUCCUGGAUUGGAAGUGGGAGAGUCUUCUGGCAGUCGCUGCCUCUGAUGGCUUAUAUGAGGCCUCCUGAGGUUAUUCUGGAGCCUGACAAUCAUCCAGGUAACUGCUGGCCCUUCCCAGGAAGUCAAGGGCAUGUCUUCAUCAAGUUGCCUGUGGCCAUCUUCCCCAUGGCAGUUACCAUAAACCAUGGGGUUCCAGCAGCAGCAUACCAUGCAGACAGCAUCUCCAGUGCUCCAAAGGACUUCGCUGUCUAUGGCCUGCAGGAGGAAGAUGAUGAGAAAAGAACGUUGCUGGGAGAGUUCACCUUCAUGCCAGGCCAGGCUCCCGGUCAGACCUUCCAGCUGAAGAACGAGCACUCUGGGUUCAUCAAGUACGUAAGGCUGCAAGUGCUGAGCAACUGGGGCCACCCAGACUACACCUGUCUGUAUCAAUUCAGGCUCCACGGCGAUCCAGCCCAUGAUGGUGAUGCUAGGGGAAAGCUAUCUGCCUAGGGGAAUGCUGGCUGGCUUAGUUCUCAAUAAAUUACUUUAACAUUUCCCACGCUGA